AUGCCUUCGACAUAUAAGAGGGAUAAACCCUGGGAUACAGAUGAUAUUGACAAGUGGAAGAUUGAAGAAUUCAAGCCUUCCGAUAAUGUGGGCGGUACAUUCACCGAAGAAUCCUCCUUCGUUAGUCUGUUCCCAAAAUACCGAGAAAUAUACCUAAGAGAGGUAUGGCCGUUGGUCACCAAGGCGCUGGAGAAGAGUGGUAUAGCAUGCACUCUAGAUUUGGUAGAGGGUAGCAUGACCGUCAAGACCACCCGAAAGACAUUCGACCCUGCUUCGAUCUUGAAAGCAAGAGACCUCAUCAAACUGCUGGCUAGAAGUGUACCAGCUCCACAAGCAUUGAAAAUCCUCGAGGAUGACGUUGCAUGCGAUAUCAUCAAGAUCCGAAACCUGGUCCGGAACAAAGAAAGAUUCGUUAAACGACGACAGCGUAUUCUUGGGCCUUCGGGAUCGACGCUAAAAGCCCUUGAGCUUCUUACAAGUACAUAUCUACUCGUCCAGGGAAACACAGUUGCUGCAAUGGGCCCCUUCAAGGGCCUGAAGGAAGUCCGUCGAGUUGUGGAAGAUUGCAUGAACAACAUUCACCCCAUAUACCACAUUAAGGAAUUAAUGAUAAAACGCGAGUUAGCCAAGGAUCCGCAACUGGCACAGGAAUCAUGGGACAGAUUCCUUCCACAGCUCAAGAAACGAACACUCAGCAAGAGACGUAAACCAUUCAAGGUUACAGAUAAAUCGAAGAAGGUUUACACACCAUUCCCACCUGCUCAGGAGAAGAGUAAGGUUGAUCUGCAAAUUGAAAGUGGUGAAUAUUUCCUUACCAAACAAGCCAAGGAGAGGGCUCGGAAGGAGGAAAUAAUGGAGAAACAAAGGGAGAAAAGGGCGGAGAAGGUGAAGGAGCAGGAGAAAGAUUUCAUACCGCCGAAGGAAGAUACGGGUGAAAAGAAAAAGAAGAAGCGGAAACGGCAUGAGGAGAAAGGCGAAGAAUAG